CUUUCCUUUCUGAACAGAUAUGGACCAGUGUGUGAAAUGUCCAGAAAGUCACUAUGCCAACUCAGAGAAGAACCACUGCCUCCGGAAAUCUGUGAGCUUUUUGGCCUAUGAAGAACCCUUGGGGAUGACACUCACCAUCACAGCACUGGCCUUCUCUCUACUCACAGCUGUGGUUCUUGUAGUCUUUGUGAAGCACAGAGACACACCCAUUGUCAAGGCCAAUAACCGGGCUCUCAGCUACACCCUGCUAUUGACCCUCUUCAUCUGUUUCCUCAGUUCCUUGCUCUUCAUUGGCAAGCCCAACACAGCCACCUGCAUCUUGCAGCAGACAGCAUUUGGAAUUUUGUUCACUGUGGCUCUCUCCACAGUGUUGGCCAAAGCUAUUACAGUGGUUAUUGCAUUCAAAGCCACUGUUCCAGCUAGAAUGGUGAGGUGGUUAAUAGUAUCAAGAGCCCCUAAUUUCAUCAUUCCCAUCUGCACACUGAUCCAACUUAUUAUCUGUGGAAUCUGGCUGGUUACCUCUCCACCCUUCACUGAUCAAGAUACUCACACUGAACAUGGUCACAUCAUCAUUGUGUGCAACAUGGGUUCAACAGUUGCCUUCCACACUGUCCUGGGGUACCUCUGCUCCUUAGCACUUGGGAGCUACACCAUGGCCUUCUUGUCCAGGAAUCUGCCUGACACAUUCAACGAAGCCAAGUUCCUGUCAUUCAGCAUGCAGGUAUUCUUCUGUGUUUGGAUCACUUUCCUCCCUGUCUACCACAGCACAAAGGGGAAGGUCAUGGUGGCUAUGGAAGUGUUCUCCAUCUUGGCUUCCAGUAUAGCCCUCCUUGGAUUGAUUUUUGCCCCCAAGUGCUACAUUAUUUUGUUAAGGCCAGAAAAAAACUCCUGUCAUAGUAUCAGGCACAGAAAACAUUCAAGAAGGAAUAUCCAUUUAGAUUUAGUUAAAAAUUAA